GUUACCGGAAUGUCGUCCGUACCGGAGACCGUUCAGGUUGCCGUCCGAAUACGCCCGCUGUCGGCGUCGGAAAGCAGAAUGGGCAGCCAGCCGAUUGCGGAGCCUACCGGUGCUGGUGAGCCGCAAAUUUGUGUCCGAGGCAGUGAACUGUUCACGUUUAACCACGUGUUCGAUACGACCAGCUGUCAGGAGGAAAUUUACGAGACGAGUGUCAAAGCGUUGGUUGAUAAGAUAUUGCAGGGAUUCAACGUCACUAUUCUGGCCUACGGGCAAACCGGAUCCGGCAAGUCCUAUACGAUGGGAACCUCCUUCGAGGGGAGGUUCGAUCACAGGACCGGCAUAAUCCCAAGAGCGAUGGUCGACCUGUUCGAUCGGAUUGCCACCAGUACGGAGUUUCAGCGUGAAGUUAGUUGCACGUUUGUUGAGCUGUAUCAAGAAAAUGUGUACGAUUUGUUAUCGUACAGUAAUCGGUAUGAGAAAAUGGUCGGAAUCCGAGAAGAUGCAAAUGGAGUGAUCAUUCCGGGUUUGACCGAAGUUCCGGUGAAAACUGCGGAUGAUACUCUACGAUGGUUGGUACAAGGUAUCAGUGUCAGGACAAUCGCCGCAACUCCAAUGAACAAAGAAUCCAACCGAAGCCACACUAUAUUUACUUUGACGGUGAAAAAGCUGAAGGACGGUAAAAUAGUAACAACGUCGAAGCUGCACCUGGUGGAUUUAGCUGGUUCGGAACGAUCUAAGAAGACCAAUACUCUAGGCGAUCGAUUUCGAGAAAGUAUCUACAUCAACAAAGGACUGUUGGCUUUGGGAAAUGUUAUUGCUGCAUUGGCCUCAACGAAAAGCACAAAAAGCUACAUUUCAUACAGGGAUUCCAAAUUAACACGACUUUUGCGGAACUCUCUCGGUGGAAAUUCCAUAACCCUAAUGAUGGCUUGUGUCUCACCGUCGGACUACAAUCUGGAAGAAACUCUUAGUACUUUGCGAUAUGCUGAUCGCGCUCUGAAAAUUCGCAACAAACCAACAAUCAACGAAAGUGAACUGAGCUGCCGUGAGGAGGUGGAGCGGCUUAGGUGCGAAAAUCAAGCACUUCGUUCUACGCUGGAGAAGUUGCAGCAAAGACCGUGUAUAGUGUCCAGAAGUGAACGUUCCAUUCGCAACCUGCAGGAGAGAGUCCGGUCCGGUAAAGUGCAGCUCCGGACACUGAUUACGAAAUCGAAUGAGCUCGAGUUUCGAGCUUCACAUGCUGAAGAGAUACUGGAUGGUAUAAUCAAGCUACUUCCGCUGGACAAUAGUGACGACUUCAAACGGAAGACGGACGAUCUGCUGGUGCGGUACUGCAAAGAGAGGGAGUGUUGGCGAGAGUCUCGGGAAAAAAUUAAUAAAGUGUAA